GGGACGUGGCCAGGCUGUGCCGGGCGGCCGUUAGAAGGGCGCGUCGCUCCCCUCCCCCCGCCGGGAUUAGAACCUCCUCGCUAAAACUGGGCUGCGCUGAGGCGGCGGCUUUAGCGCUGAGCCCCCCUCCUCCCCCGCAGCGCCGUGUCUGGCUAAAGCCGUGCUAAUCGCCCGUCCCUCCGCUCCUCUUCCUCUCUGCUCUAAUCCCCGGCCAUGGAGCCGCGGCGGCCGCGCUACUGCCCGCCGUCUUCGCCGCCGGGGCGGGAAAACAAGGGGCUCCGUCGGAAGGGCCCAGCGGAGACAGGCAGCGCCGGAGGCUCCCGGGAGGCGGCGGAUGCCAGGAAACCCAAAUUCCACUUAAACAUCAAGACACUGACAGAUGAUGUGUUGGAUAGAUUUGCCAGUAUAAGAAUUCCAGGAAGCAAGAAGGAAAGACCUCCACUACCGCAUAUGAAGCAGUCGUAUUCUACAGAUUGGUCAUCCACACCUAUGGAUGCAGAGGAUUUUGCUCCAAAACCCUUGUCAGAAAGAGAAAUCAUAGCACUGUUUGAAAAAAUGAUGGAAGAUAUGAAUUUAAAUGAAGACAAGAAGAUGCCAUUGAGAGAAAAGGAUUUUAAUACCAAAAAAGAAAUGGUUAUGCAAUAUAUUAGCACUGCUUCUAAGUCUGGAAGUCUCAAGAACAGUCGGAAGAUUUCACCUCAAGAGUUUAUUCACGAAUUAAAAUCUGGGUCAACAGAUGAAAGACUAGCCACUUGCUUAGAAUCUCUCCGUGUGUCCUUGACUAGUAAUCCUGUCAGCUGGGUCGAAAACUUCGGCCGAGAAGGUCUAGGGCUGCUGUUGGAUGUUUUGGAAAGAUUGGUUGAGACGAAAAACCAGGACAAACUUGUGAAGAGGAGUCAACAUAAGGUUAUACAGUGUUUGAGAGCCUUCAUGAAUAAUAAGUAUGGAUUGGAAAGAAUUUUGGGAGAAGAAAGGAGCCUUUUGUUACUGAUCAAAGCCAUUGAUCCCAAGCAAACUAACAUGAUGACGGAUAUAGUUAAACUCCUUUCUGCAAUGUGCAUUGUUGGAGAGGAAAACAUCCUUGAAAAAAUUUUGGAAGCUGUAACGGCAGCAGCCGAGGAGAAGAACGUCAAUAGAUUCUCUCCUAUUGUAGAAGGUCUUCAAGAUAACUCAGUUCAGCUGCAAGUAGCUUGCAUGCAGCUCAUCAAUGCUCUCGUUACAUCUCCUGAUGACUUGGAUUUUAGGCUUCAUAUCAGAAAUGAAUUUAUGCGCAGUGGACUGAAAGAGAUACUGCCACAAUUGAAAUGUAUAAAGAAUGAAGCAUUAGAUAUUCAGCUGAAAGUAUUCAAUGAGCAUAAGGAAGAGGACAUGAUCGAAUUCUCUCAUCGUUUAGAAGAUAUUAGAUCAGAACUAGAUGAAGUAAAUGAUGUUUACAACAUGGUGUGGAAUACAGUUAAAGACACUACCGCUGAAGGAUAUUUUCUUUCUAUCCUCCAACAUCUUUUGCUUAUAAGAAAUGAUUAUUUUAUACGUCCACAGUAUUUCAAAUUAAUUGAAGAAUGUGUGUCCCAGAUAGUGUUACAUCGAAGUGGAACAGACCCAGAUUUCUCAUAUCGUAAAAGAUUAGAUGUAAAUUUCAGCCACUUAGUAGAUAUUUGCGUAGAUAAAGCAAGAUUAGAAGAAUGUGAAGAGCGGGCUUCUGAACUUUCCAGAAAACUUGAAAAGGAUUUUGUAGCUCAUCAGGAGACUCAGGCCCUACUGCAAAAAAAAGAAGAAAGAAUCAAUGAACUUGAAGCAGAAUUACAAGCUUUUAAAUCACAGUAUGGCUCCUUGCCACCUGGAUUACUACCUUCAAUAUGUGGAGAUGCAUCUGUUGUUCCGCGGGAAGCUGCAGGACCACAUCAACUGCUGCCGCCACCACCUCCUCCACCGCUGCCUGCUAAUGGAGCAUUCCCACCACCACCGCCUCCCCCUCCUCCUCCACCACUUUUAAAUGGUUUGGGAAUUCCUUCGGCUUUUGGUGGUGCUCCACCACCACCACCACCUCUACCAGGCCUGCCUGGAGCACAGCGGACUCCACCUUCAUGUGCUUUGCCAUUUGGAAUGAGGCCUAAAAAAGAAUUCAGACCUGAAGUUACCAUGAAAAGACUCAACUGGUCAAAGAUUAGACCUCAGGAAAUGACAGAAUCCUGUUUUUGGGUUAAAGCACAAGAGGAGAAGUAUGAGAAUGCUGACAUGCUUUGCAAAUUGGAACUUAGGUUUUGUUGUCAAAAAAGGGUAAAAAAAGAGGAAGAGGAUUUUGAAGAAAAGAAAUCCAUUAAGAAACGAAUCAAAGAAUUAAAAGUUUUGGACCCAAAGAUUGCACAGAAUCUAUCAAUUUUCCUUGGCUCCUUCCGAGUGCCUUAUGAAGAAAUCAAAAUGAUGAUCUUGGAAGUAGAUGAAACACAGCUGUCAGAGUCCAUGAUUCAGAAUUUAAUAAAACAUCUUCCUGAACAAGAACAAUUGAAUGCAUUGUCCAAGUUCAAGAAUGAGUAUAAUAAUUUGUCUGAGCCGGAGCAGUUUGGAGUUGUGAUGAGCAAUGUGAAGAGACUACGGUCACGGCUCAGUGCUAUUCUUUUUAAGCUUCAGUUUGAGGAGCAGGUGAACAACAUCAAACCUGACAUCAUGGCUGUCAGUGCUGCCUGUGAAGAGAUAAAGAAGAGUAAAAGCUUUAGCAAGCUGCUGGAACUAGUAUUGUUAAUGGGAAACUACAUGAAUGCAGGUUCUCGGAAUGCACAAACCUUUGGAUAUAAUCUCAGCUCCCUAUGUAAACUGAAGGACACAAAAUCAGCAGAUCAAAAAACAACAUUACUCCAUUUUCUUGUGGAAGUGUGUGAAGAAAGCUAUCAGGAUGUCCUGAAUUUUGUUGAGGAUUUUCAGCAUUUAGAUAAAGCUAGUAAAGUCUCAGCAGAAAACCUGGAGAAGAGCCUGAAGCAUAUGGAGAGACAACUCCAACAGCUUGAGAAGGAUUUGCAUACUUUUCCAGUUCCUGAAGAUAAGCACGAUAAGUUUGUAGCAAAAAUGUCAAGCUUUCUAGUUCAUGCCAAAGAAGAUGUUCAGAAGGUUUCACGGAUGCAUGAGAACAUGGAAAAAAUCUAUCAGAAUGUGAUGGGAUAUUAUGCCAUUGAUCUGAAGAAAGUUUCAGUGGAAGAGUUUUUAACGGACUUAAACAACUUCAGGACAAUGUUCAUGCAAGCAAUAAAGGAGAAUAUGAGAAGACGGGAAGCAGAAGAAAAACAGAGGCGUGCUAAAAUAGCUAAGGAUAAAGCAGAAAAAGAAAAACAAGAGAGGCAACAGAAGAAAAAACGGUUGUUGGAAAUGAAAACGGAAGGUGAGGAAACUGGAGUGAUGGAUAGCCUAUUGGAGGCCUUGCAGUCAGGUGCAGCUUUUCGAGACCGAAGGAAAAGGACACCAAGGUCUAAAGACAUACCACAAAAUCUCAGUCCAACCACACAACGGCUUGUGCUGAAAGCUUGUAACCAUGGUACGCCUUGCUACAGUAGGUGGACAAAUAGUGCAUCUCCGGAAAUAGAACCAGAUACAACCACUAGAGAAAUCAUGUUCGCACCACAGUAUCAGUUUAAACCUGACAAGAAGCCCAGUCACCAAAGAAGCUACUUAUGAUACGGAAACAAGUUCUACACUGUGGAACAAGGCUGUUGGAAGAAAGGAAGCCUGUCAUGGAGAAGGCAACAAAGAAAAGAAAAUAGAUCGAAUCCUGUCUCCUUCUAAGGGAGAAGCCAUUCCAGAAGUAGAAGCUCUCCUGGCAAGAC